CAUUAGACCCCAGCAACACUCAACAAUACCUUUACCACCACCACGAUGCUCUGCGCGAUAUCCGGAGAAGCUCCACGCGAACCCGUCGCGUCGCGCAAGAGUGGCAAUGUCUUCGAAAAGCGGCUGAUCGAGGCUCACAUCGCCGAACACCACACGGACCCGGUCACGGGCGAGGACCUCGCAGUCGAAGACCUCAUCGAGCUCAAGUCGCCGCAGGUCGUGACGCCGCGGGCGCCGAAUCUGACUUCGAUUCCUGCGCUGCUGAGCGCCUUCCAGAACGAGUGGGACACGAUUGUGCUCGAGACACACACGCUCAAGCAGCAGCUGGCGCAGACGAGACAGGAGCUCAGCACCGCCCUGUACCAGAACGACGCUGCAACACGCGUCGUUGCGCGAUUGACGCGCGAAAGAGAUGAGGCACGCGAGGCGCUAUCGAACGUCACCAUCAGCGGAGCCGCGGCAGGCAAUGGCGAUGCGAUGGACGUCGACGGCCAGGGCCUGUCCGAGGAGCUCGUAGCCAAGGUAGACGAAACACAGCAACAACUCUUCGCGACGCGUCGAAAGCGGCCCGUCCCCGAAGGCUGGGCUACCGGCGAAGACAUCUCGACAUUCGACGUCACCGCCUCGAGCGAGCCACUCUACCCCGGCAGCAGCGCAAUCUCCCUCGACGAGUCUGGCGACCUGGCCCUCUUUGGCGGAUCAGACGGCGUGGCAGGCGUGUACUCGACAUCACAGCAGCAAGUUGUGCAAACGCUCAAGUGCGGCAGCGCAGUCACAGCAACAACAUGGUGGGGAUCGCGCGCAGUCGCGGCCACCUCUUCCGGCUCAGUCAAGGUGUUUGAGGACGGCAACGAAAUCGCGCACAUGGGUUCGCACGCUGGCGCAGUCACAGACGUCUCCGUGCACCCCAGCGGAGCCAUUCUGGCUUCUGCAGGCAGCGACAAGCGCGUCGCCUUCUACGACCUCUCAACAUUCAAGACCGUCUUUCAGAUCUACACUGAAGCCGACAUCACAUGCUGUUCCUUCCAUGUCGACGGCCUGCUCAUCUUCGUUGGCAGUUCCGACGGCAAGAUCCGCAUCUUCGACGUCAAGACGGGCGCCUCCAUGGUUGAACUCGAUACCGCUGGCCCCGUGGCCGCCAUCUCUUUCUCCGAGAAUGGCACAUGGUUCGCGGUUGCCCAGAAAGGAUCAAGCAGCGUGUCGGUGUGGGACAUCAGGAAGCAGGCAGUCACCAAGGUGCUGGAAACUGGAAGCCCAGUAGAGAAGAUCAGAUGGGACUACACAGGCCAGUUCUUGGCUGCGGCCGGUUCGGGUGGUGUGAGCGUGCAGCAAUACGUCAAAGCGUCCAAGAGCUGGUCCGAGCCUGUAAGGAAAGCGGUUGCGGCAAGGGAUGUGGCGUGGGGCAAGGAUGCUGAGAGUUUGGUGGCACUGACCCCAGAGGGUGGACUGAGCGUCUUGAGCGCGUCUUGAGGUAGAGGAGGUCGAGCAUUCGGACGAUAGAGGAUCAAAGGCAGCAGAGAGACUGUCUUGGGUAGAGUAAUGACAAGCCCAGAGUAGUGCAGUCGAUUGGAAAGAGAUUGCGAAUUGGCCUUGGACUGGCACGUGCCUGAUGGGCAAAAGGGCGACUCUGGCGAUAUUCGUGCAUAUAGAGAGUGAACAUGAGGCGCGCAAGGCGUCCACUUGUACCAUAGGUUGAAAUUAUUGUCUGGACAAGGCGCACCUUUCUGU